UUGAGGAGCGCUCAGAAAGAAUUUCAACGUGUUUGGGGUUGCAUCGCGUCGCGUGACCGCAGCAGAGUCCAUAAAAAAAGGAAGCUCAUUAAACUAAAUACCGAUUAGUGUCUCAAAAACAAGAAUUGUGACAAACGAAAAGGCUAACAUGCUAAUUUAGCAUAGCAAAAAUAUAAGACACACACUAAUAAAAUUGUCCAACGAAAGCGAAGCGCGUGUAACGCCAGCAAAUUGUUGCUCCAGCCGCCGAGCAAAGAGGAGUGAGCCACACACAGCUGCAUACAUAUUUAAUUUCAAUAAACCCAAAUACAUACAAAAUGUCGCCUUUCAUGGAGAAGACGCUGUUGUUGUUCGGCGUGCUUUGCUGCAUACAAGUCACCACUGCCCUGAUGUGCUAUGAUUGCAACAGCGAGUUUGAUCCUCGCUGCGGUGAUCCCUUCGAGCCAUACUCCAUUGGCCAGGUGAACUGCAGCAAACAGGAGCCCCUUGAGCACCUUAAGGACAAGUACAAGCCCACCCUGUGCCGCAAAACCGUUCAGAAGAUUUAUGGGAAAACCCGUAUUGUCCGCGGUUGUGGCUAUAUUCCGGAUGAGCGCACCGACGGCGAGUGCGUGAAGCGCUCGGGAACCCACGAUGUGGCCGCCAUAUACUGCUCCUGCACCAAGGACCUGUGCAACGGAGCCACCACCCCGUUCGCCCAGUGGAUGAUGCUGCCCGUCGUCCUCGCCGCCGGAGUGGCGCUGAUGCUAAACUCGAGGCACACAAUACGAUUCCAGAGCUCGUAAAUCCAGCUCGAUGUAGCAUUUUUCAUUGAGUUUAUUUAUAACUAUCAUUUCCGAUAUAAUUUUAAACUGUUUCCUGACCCAAAUCAGAGAACAAUGUUCAUUUAGUUGCAUAAUUUCAUUUAAUGUAUAAUUUAAUGUGUUCGUAAGCGUUAAAAUAAUAUAAAUAAUAAUGAGAUCCGUUUAUGAAAAGCAAAAACAAUAAUAAAUAUUUGGGGGCAGUAAUAAAGACACAUUUUUUAAAACCCUUGAUUAAAUGAUAAUUUUCAAAAUACAAAAAAACUGCCAGAAAAUGUCUCCGCCUAAAAAAAUGUCUAACUUUAAUCCUGGAUCGAUAGGAAAUUAUCAACUUCAAAAGCACUUUAUAAUCAAGAUGAAUAAUUCUGGUUCGUAUAUAUUUCAAAAAAUAUUCCAUGAUAUUCAAUAAUUUCCGAUCAAUGAAAAUAGUGCUUGUGAGUGCCACAGAUAUCGUUCAUUUACUAAAAAGUUGUAUUGACUCAAAAAUCAUGUUUUUAUGGCUAUGGUUUAUUUAUUUUUCUUUUCAACAAGACAGCAAUAAGUUAAGACAGCAUUUUCGAGAUCACAAAAAACCUAAUUUUUGGGUUGAGAUGAUUUGUUAGGAUGUGAACGAUGUAUGUUUUUUGAAUCAACAUGUUUCGAAUACCAUUUCCGCACUAAUUCUUCCAAUGUGAUAAUGCACCAUCCAUUAAAGAGAAUUAUGAUGGAUUUGGAUUGGGGACAUGUCUUCUCCAUAAUAUUUCUGACAUUUCCAUUAUAUUUGGUUACAAAUUAAACUACCCAGUAAAAAUUAAUUACUUAAUUCAGAGGAAAUAUAGGAAACCCUUGGAAGGCCCAACCCUUCGUUAAACCUAUGAGAAAAUAAAAUUCUAAAAAUGAACAUCUAUAGAGCAUACAACUUGCAAUAAUUAGGAUUCAAAUCUCAUACGAAAACAAAAAAUUGAUUUAUAUAGAAAAAGAGAAAGUAAGAGAACCAUAUUAAAAGAAUAUAUAUAUACAUAAUUGAAUAAAUGGAAGAAACUAUUUACAAACCAGCAGAGAAUCCAUUAAAUAUUAAAAAUUAAUAGGAAGAGGAGAGAUAACAUUUGUCCAUUUUAAGCUUCAUACAAACAAAACAAAUAAAUCUUCCUAAUAUAUUAGAUGACAGAAUAAAUGCAAGUUUUGAUUUGAAUCUUUGAUUUUAACAAAAUACCCCGAACAGAUCCACAAACAGAUCCAAAGUACAGUCAACACAAACAGCAAGACAGAAUAUUAAUUAACAAAAACACUAGCCAACACAUACCAAAACAGUUACAAACACAUCAUUUUGUGUAGAAAAAAAAUUAUAUCUAUACAUGAAAUAAAUUGCAUAAAUUAUAUAACAUAUUUAUUUAGUUAAAUAUUAUUAAGAAUUAUACGGAAAGAUAAUAAAACCGACAGAAGCGUGAGCAUAUGUAGAUAAACCUAACUAAUUUAAAUUUAUAAAAAGAAAAAAAAAAAAAACAAGAACAAAACACUAGCCGUUGUAUCGUAAUUGAAACCAAGAAAUUGAAAAACCAAAACACCAAAAUAAAAACCAAAAUAAAGCUAUAAACAAAUUGCAAAUCAAUAAACCAUUACCUAUUCAAAAUACUUACUUAAGAUAACUGGGCAAAUUAAAAUCGAAGAGGAAGGAUUUUUUCAAAGCACUUACAACUUCACCAAUUAUUAAUUAAACUCCAAGUACAUCCUCUGACAAAGAAUAUGGAUACCAAGUCACGUAAAUUCAAAAUCCGAACAACUAUGAAGAUAAUUCACGAGAAAACAAAAAAAAAUUGCAGGAAUCAUAUCAUUGAGCUUUGCUUCACGGAAGAACACAUUCUAAACUAAAACUCAUCCAGAAACUAAGCGCAGAAUUCAACAUAUAUUUCAAAUUAUAUAAAGCAAAUUGAUAUAAAAUAGAAGAAUAAAACUAAAACCGAUAAAAAAGUUUCGAAAACCGUUGCUGAAACUUUCAAAAAAGUUUCUCGAAAUAAGCAGGAAGACGCAGCAAUGAAGCUUACGUCUUCACCGAAUGAGUUGCAUACUCUAUAAAAAUAAUUAUAAUAAAAAAAAGGAUAUAUCAAUAUCAUUUCCAUUUGUUUUUUAUGUUUUUAAACCACUGCAAUAAGAACAGCAACAAAUAUUGUAUGCAUAAUAUGCAAAAUAAAACCUAUAACAGAAAUAAAACAAAAUCCACGAGCAAAAAUAAAAAAAUGGCGAAAAAACAAGAAAGAUAAUUAUGUGAACUUGUUAAUUUUUAGUAUUUAAGUCUGUAAAGCUCCGCUUGUAGAUGAAAAAUCAAUAAAUAAACUAAAUAACAAAGAUAAA